AUGGGGGACGUACUGGAAGAAGCCUCCUCAAGCCGAGAGGACUCCCAACCAAAGAAUUCGACCCCAGAGCACCAAGAGGUCACAAACCAGGGAAGGAUAGCAAGUAUUGUCCACCAUACAAACGAUCAUAUCAUCACAGAACCGCGACGCCCCGAGAAAACGGGGGAUAAAGCGGCACAAAUCAUCCAAGAUCUCUGCCUUCGGGUCCAGGAACUCGAAGGCAAAUUGGCCACCAAGGAAAGACACAACAAUGAACACGGAAGCUACGCAACUUCCAGGUCAAAGUCUCGCCACGACAGAUCGCUGACUCGGCGACACGAUAGAAGAGACGGUCGCAGCACCUCGCGCACCCACGGGAGAGAAAAAUCACCAGAACGGCGAUACAGCAAAAGACAAAACCGCAGCACUUUCCGAGACCCGAGUCGUCAGCACGACUCAGACGAAGAUCGGCGCCACCGAGAUACUAAACGCACCAGAAACGACCACACAAUAAUGGGAGCUACUCCUUUCACAUAA